GUGAAUUGUUGUUUUAAGGGAUUUUGAGUGGCUUAAAGGGGAUCUGACAAGUCCGCUGACCAAGUCGCAAGUAAAAGUAUGAAAAGACAGAAACUGGUGGUGAUGAUUCCUUGAUGAGGGACAUGAUUAUGUGGGCUAAAGCAAGAAAGCGAAUCAGCGGGAUUAAACGAGAUCAGCCUGAAAGGAUCAUCCAAUGCUUAAGCCUACAUACAACUUACAGUUUUUUAAUAUUUGGUCAAAAGUCAAACUAAACAUAUUAUGAAAUAAAAUGACCUUGCAAUGCUACAUUUUAAUUGUCAUAGCCCUUACGUGUCUUAUGUGUCUUUACUCGUGUAAAUCCCAGACUGUUUUCGCACCAAGUUGUUUCCCAGGGAAACAUCUAUUAUCCUAUUAUCACAACGGUGCCAAUUUCGCCGAUGUGUGAGGCGGUAUUUACAUGACUAUAUACUGUCACUCCUGAAAAGCUGUAAGGCUUUGUAGUACCCAGUGUCCCCAUGGGAUACUGGUGCCAUCUCCCAAAUGUUUCAACACAACAAGCCUCGCGAUUCAGCAUCCAGAACAGAGUUCCAGUGAUUUUAUUUAUAUUAUCUUUUAGCUAAGCUAUCUUCAAUUUGUGUGCACAUGUAUGAAGAUGAACAAUAAUCAUCACAAUGAACCCAUACAGAGAUGACUUUUUGUGUGAAUAAUGAUCUUCUAUUAGUCUAAAAUAAUACUUUUAUUCUUAAAUGUCUCCAAAUCCGGGGAAUUAUUAGAAGAUGGUUUUAAUUAUUCUAUACGUAGUGCUCAUAUGGAUUCACAGAUACUGACACAUAUACAUAUACUUUAAAUCCAUGCAUAUACUUUGUAUUUAUAAUUAGCAUCAGAGCCUGGGAACAACAGGUGAAUUCGUCUGCGUUGCUUCUUUGAAGUGCACUUAUGCACCGACAGUUCCUAUUUGUCCUUGGGAAGCCCCAGCCAAUGUCGUUGACGCAUUUCACAGUAAAAUGUUACCUGCUGGACAAAUCUGUCUGUCAAAGGGGGCACGACCAUAUAAAUAUCAUGAGCGCCGAGUAGGGCGACAAACUUCAGUCGCCUCCUUCUUUUCUUGGCGCUCACAUCUGGAAUACGUCACACUAGCCUCUGCUUGGAAUACACACGCUAUGCAACCACUGAAUUUCUCUGCAGUCUUGGUUCUGUUCCUGUGUUGUCUUUUUCAGCUGUCGUCUGCUUGGUAUGUCCUUUUUUUUCUCUCGUGAAAAAAGUUUUAAAUGCUAUAGUUUCUAUGGGUUUGCAAUUGGUAAAAUAACUUACAGGUUUAACAUGGCUAUCUUUUUUUCCCCUCUACAGGACCAUGAAUAAUUUCUUGAUGACUGGACCUAAGGCCUAUCUGACCUAUGCCAGCAGCGUGCGAGUGGGCGCACAGAGUGCGAUACAAGAGUGUAAACGCCAAUUCGCUUUGGAGAAGUGGAACUGUCCAGAGAACACGCUUUCUUUGUCCCCACACAACGGCAUGCGGAGUGCCACAAGGGAAACUUCUUUCGUCCAUGCCAUCAGCGCUGCCGGAGUGAUGUACACGCUCACCAAGAACUGUACGGCUGGGGACUUUGACAGCUGCGGCUGCGAUGACUCCAAAAUUGGACAGCCGGGCGGUGUAGGGUGGAUUUGGGGAGGAUGCAGUGACAAUGUGGCUUUUGGGGAGAAGAUCUCCAAACAGUUUGUGGACGCGCUGGAAGAUGGGCAUGACUCGCGCGCAGCGGUCAACUUGCAUAACAACAAGGCAGGCAGGCUGGCAAUCAAAGCAACCAUGAGGAAAGCCUGCAAAUGUCACGGAGUAUCUGGAAGCUGCACCAUCCAAACCUGCUGGAUGCAGAUGGCCGAUUUCAGAGAAGUGGGCAACUACUUGAAGCUGAAGUACAAGCAUGCAAAGGAACUGGAAAUGGACAAGAAAGCGGCGAGAGCAGGGAACAGCGCGGACAACCGAGACGCAGUCACGCACACUUUUUUGAUCGUCGCUACAACGGAACUCAUUUACCUGGAGAGUUCUCCAAAUUACUGCGUCAAGAACCAGACCCUCGGACUCCACGGUACAGAGGGACGGGAGUGCUUUAAGGAGGACAAGAACAUGUCCGAGUGGGAGAAAAAUAGCUGCCGCAGAUUGUGCAAUGAAUGCGGCCUAAAAGUGGUGAAGAAGCGCACAGAGGUUUUCACCAGCUGCAACUGCAAAUUUCACUGGUGUUGCACAGUCAAGUGUGAAAAAUGCAAGCGAGUUGUAGCCAAAUACUUUUGUGCGCUCAAAACUGGGAGGAAAAAGAACAAAAAAGGCAGGAACAGUGCGCAUCAACAAUGACUGGGAUCUCUUGCAAAAUUUGAACUCUUCACAUUAUUCGAUAAAUAUGAUUUUCAUCAUAUUAACUAGUUUUAUAUUUACGAACUACAUGAGAAAUUAUUCUGCAGCGCAUGAAUGUUAUUUAAAUGUUUAGCUAAAGUCCUUUAAAGCACCUUUCCCCCCUUUAAUUUUGAAUGGAGUGUGUAUAGGUCAAAUUUUGUCUUGUGGCCCAAAAUCUCCAAGCAUUGGAGCAACAGUAGCAGUGUUGGGAACUUGGGAGUUCCGGGGAUGUUUGUUCGCUGUUUAUCACGUGUGACUACUGAAAUUGGUUUAAUAUUUAAA